AUGUGUCAAUAAUUAUUAAUUAAAUUCAUCAAAAAUUUGUGAAUGCAAUCUUCCAAGUUAUGUUAUAACUUCAGGAAAUAAUUGUACAAGUAAGAAAUUAAGAAUACAAAGAUUGUUCCACCUCUAUAUCUAAUUGUACUGCUUGUAAUUCCACUGGAUGUUAAUCUUGUGAUUCAGCAUAUUUUGUAUAAUCAGGAAAUUGUGUAUAUUGUGGAUCUAAUUGUUUAUCAUGUUCAGUAUCAACAGCAUGUGUAACUUGUGCCACUGGUCAUUUUGGAGCAACAUGUACACCAUGUCAUUAAAGUUGCCUAAAUUGUUCAAAUUCUGGACCUAGUAAUUGUAUCUAAUGUAAAAAUAAUGCCCAUUAAGAUGUGUUGGGUGCUACUUUUGGGUGUGUUUGUGAUUCACAUUAUUACAUGGACUCAAAUUAUGAAUGUUAAAUUUGUGAUCCAAAUUGCAAUUAAUGUUCUACUUCAAGUUCUUAUUGUACAGAUUGCAAUUCUUCUUUUAAGAGAAUUUUUAAUAGCAAUAGUUGCCUUUGUGAUACUGCUAAUGGCUUUUAGGAACUAGGAACUUACUAAUGCUAUAACAUAGAUUGUGGAUAUGGAUGCGCAGAUUGUGUGCCUAUAGCUUUUGGAUUUGCUUGCAAUUCUUGUAUGGGAAGUGAAACAUUUAGAAUAAAUGACCCUUUAUAAAAUUGCCCAUGUUAGGAUGGUUAUUAUGAUGUUCAAGCUAGAAUUUGCUUAUGUAUUUUUUAUUAUAAACUUUAGAAUGUCCAUAUUAAUGUUCUACUUGUUAAUUAGACCCAUUGACUAAUCUACCAGUAUGCAUCAAAUGUUAAAUAAAUAGAGAUAAAGAUGAUUUCUGUAGGUGUGCAAAAGGAUUUUAUGAAAGUGGGACGGAUUGUUUGACAUGCCCUCCAAAUUGUUCUAGUUGUAUGGAUUAAUAUCGUUGUAUCAAAUGUAUUAAUACAAAUUUUGAUCACAAUAAAAUAAAUGGAUAAUGUGUAUGUAGUCUAAAGAAUUUUAAUAAUAAAUCUAAUUGUUCAUGUUUAGAUGGAUACUAUCUUAACAAUAUCAAUAAAAAAUGUUUACGUAAUUUAUAUAUCUUAUAUAGCCUGUCAUUUUAAUUGCAUUACCUGUAUAUAUACAGCAACCAAUUGCUUAAGAUGUAAUGAUUAUCAUGCAUAACCACCAAAUUGUGAAUGCUCUCCUGGAUUUUAUUUGUAAGAUCUGCAAUGUUUGCCUUGUAAAAAUAACUGUUUCAAAUGCAAAUCUUAGUCCGAAUGUCUGGAUUGCUCCGAUUAGAUGCAAUUAAUUAAUAACAAAUGCUAUUGUUAAAAUGGGUAUUUCAAUUUACCAAAUUCCUAUGAUUGUCAACCUUGUGCUACUUAAUGUACUGCCUGUAGACACUAAGAAAAUAAUUGCACAUCCUGCAAAUUUAAUAGAAUUUUACCUUAAAAAUGCAUAUGUCCUGAUGGAACUUAUGAAGUUGAUGUAUUUACUCCAUGUAAUGAUUGCGACAAUAAAUGCAAGCUUUGUGAACUCUCUUCCAAUAACUGCUUAUAAUGUUCUCUUUAUAGAAUCAACCCUCCAAGUUGUGAUUGCAAAAUUGGUUAUUUUGAAAAUGAUUAAUAAACCUGUUAAGAAUGUAAUAAGAGAUGUAAGUCAUGCCAAAAUACUCCUGAAACUUGUAUAGAAUGUAAAAUGAUCACUACUGUUCCUCCAGAAUGUUCAUGUCCGGAUGGUUAUUAUUAUGUAUAAGAAUAAGGCUGUGUCUAAUGUCAUUCUAGAUGUAAAACUUGUAUUGGCUCCAAUGAAUAUAAUUGUCUUUCUUGUGAUGAAUCAAAGAACUUUGAAUUACUCUAUAAUAAAUGUGUUUGCCAAAAAAACUAUUAUUUUCAAAAUGACUCUUGCCUCUAUUGUUCUAUUGAAGUUGAGCUAUGCUAAACUAUAUAAUGUGGAAAUGGUAUAAUUUAGAAGGGUGAAUAAUGUGAUGACUGGAAUAAUGAUGAUAGAGAUGGGUGUUCUAAAAAUUGUAAAUUUGAAGAAGGAUAUUACUGUGAAUCCGUAUCUAAUAUGAAGCUUCAUGUUUCUAUUAAGAUAACUAAGUGUAUUAAAUGUGUUGAUAAUUGCAAAGUUUGCAAUAAAAACAAAUGUUAAAUUUGCUACAGUGGUUACUUUAUCACUCCUAAUUUUGACUGUUAAAAAUGCGAGUAAAUCUUAUUUCUAAUGAUUUCAUAGUUUUCAUUGCAAAGAGUGUUCAGGACCACAAUAAAAGGAUUGUAUAUCUUGCAUCAAAGGAACUGAUUAUGGUUUGAGUUAAAAGUGUGCUUUUUGUGAAGAAACCUAAGGAUUAUACACCAAUAAAGAUAAAUGUGUUUCAAAGUGUGGGGAUGGGAUUAAAAAAAAUGAUGAAUAAUGUGAUGAUGGAAAUAUCAUCAAUAAGGAUGGAUGUUCAGAGAAAUGCAAAAUUGAAGAAGACUGGGAUUGCUCAAAAUAACUCAAUACUAUAAGUUCUUGUUACAAAUUAAAUAUACCAUUAGCUACCAUCUCAUUUAAUAGAGUUAAAGAUUUCUAUUAAUCUGAAAGGUAAGGAUCUAUUGCAUUUAAUAAAGUAUUGACAAUACCUAAUUCAUCAAUAAUAAAUGCAUGGAAAUAUACUAUCCUCAAUUAAACAACAUCAACUUACUCUGUUAAUUUGACUGCUCUUUUAGAUUUAGAUGGAUAUUUGGAAUCUGUUCAAAUUGAUUUGAAACUCCUAUAAUCCAUCUCUGAAAUUGUAUUUCAAGUCGACUUUACAACUUUUAUCAUCACUGAUGCCAUAGAUCAAUACCCUUUAAAAACUACUAAUAUAUCAAUUGAAUUAACUAAAUACAUUUAGCUUGGAUAAGAUACACUGAGUACAUCUAAGGCAUCUAAAUAAUUUGCCUCUUCUGUCUUAUUUAUUUUGGGGGGUGUUUCACUUUUAGGAUUGUUAAUGGGGAGCUUAGAAUUUUAUUGGAAUGUCCUUGAUAAUUUAUAGAUUCUCUCUUAUAUCACAUUUAUUAAUGUUAACUUCCCUUAUUUACACAACAAAUUCUUGGAGAUAUUUCAAUUUGCAAGAUUUGAAUUUACAAAUGACUAUUUUAAAUUUGAUGUUGUUUAAGAUCUAGAUUAUAAUUAGAAUAAAGAUUAUCCCUUGAUUGUUGAAAAGCAAGUAGAAUAUAAUUUAGUGAUCAAUUUGAGUUCAAUUAUAGUUUUAUGGGUAACUCCUAUAAUCUUAUUAGUGUUGGCUAAGAUCAAUUUAUUUUUUAUCCAUGAAGUCUUGA